AUUUAUUGAUCGUUGUAAAUAGCUGCUCGAAAGGCCAUGUUCAUUCUCUGCGAUAAAGGAAGCGUAAACCCGCUCUGACGUCCCGGGCUCACUCUGGGUGCUGUACACAUGCCAUCCAAUGGCCGACAAAAACCACGGAUAACCUGGCGAUAUCGCCUGCGCAGGUUCGUCCGCAAUUUCGAGACGCCGCUGCAACUGCGUGCAAGCGCUCAACGUCUCAGGUCUUGUCAUCAACAUCCUUGGUUAGCUUUGUUUUGCCUCUUUAUCCCUCUACCAUCAUGGUACUUUCCUCUACCCGACCAGGUCUCGUUCAGGACUAUGAUGAACAACACCGCUCUGCUCCAGACCCGAAUGGAAGCUAGGAACCUGAAGCAGAUGCGCUCAAUACCGGUCUGGCGUUGGAGAGAUACUCCGAUCCGGGCUGUCUACAGGAUAUACGAGAUUAUGGCAGCGAGACAUCAUAUUGCAAUGUGGCAGGAGGUUGAAUACUUCUUCAAACAGGCUGGGAAGUCAUGGGCGUUGGGCCAGAUCCCAGAUCCCCAUGAUGAUGAUCCAGUACGAUACGCCAUUAUCGCCUGUAUCAUAGAGGAGCUUGUUGAGGCCGUUAACUGGCGACUAAGUAUUGGGAUGAGGCGCAACGGGAAAGGAAUCUACCGCGAGUCGAUCGACGAUCCGCUCCCACCGUUUGUCCCAGAAAAAGGACCUUUCUGGACCGAACAUGUCCCUGCCAUUGAUUUGAUGUCGAUUGCAGACCUGCCAGCAGAGAUGCUUGACUCGUCGGGCAGAUUGGUGCUUGAACCCGAUGGCGAGAGCUCAAUAUUCGCAAAACGAAACAUCGUCACCAACACAGGCUAUUUCUACACAGUCUGAAAAGAAACCGCCUUAUCGGCUAUUCGAGUACUUUUCCUGGGUUCCAAGGGCUGCAUGGUAGUGUCAGUGCAUUCCCAGCCACUGUUCCACAUCUGCCCGCGUGUCGAUUGUCAAUCUG